AUGCCUCCUAUUUGCGAAUUUUGCAAGGAAAUUGGUCACUGCCUUAAGCGUUGCAAAAAGGCCCCCAUUACCUGCAAAACCUGCAACUCCACAUCCCAUUUAUCAGAGAAUUGCCAGCGAGCUAAGCCGAUCACUCAACAGAAAAUUGGCUCCAGAAGAAACAAAGCCAAGUUAGUUACUGAAAUCUGGAAACAGAAAGAGAAGUUCUCAGAUGAACCUGAAAUAGCUCAGAAGCCAAGUAAUCCCUGCCCUAUUCCCCCAUUGCCUAACGAGAAGUCUUCAACGCCCCUGGUGGGUGAAGGUAGUGGGCUAUCGGUUUCUGACAAGGUUAACAAGGAUAACACCUCUCAGACCUCUCAGGAUGAUCAAGACUCCUCCCAAGCUUCUGAAGUUGCAGAGGACUCAUCUGAUGUAUCUUCUGAAGAUUCGGACACUAAGCUGAUAGACAGCAAAGGCUUUAUAAAGUAUCUGUCCAAGAGGCAGAAGAAGGCUGCUAGGAGCAAGGGCUCCAAACAAGUUUAG